AAUAAUAAAAAAAAAAAAGAAAAAAGAGGAGAACUUGAAAAGAAGAAGAAGAAGAAGAAGAAGAAGAAGGGAUAGAGGAAAGUAAGAUCGAAAAAUAAUGGGGAAGUUACGAGUUUUAUUGGUAAUGGGCGUCAUCUGUGCGUGUACUUGCGGCGGACGAACAGAAUGCGGAAAUCAGGCGCAGAUCUCGCUGCUGACGAGCAUUCACGAUGAUCCGUCCUGCAGGAAACUGUCUGCUAGAGGAGUGUUGCUGUACGAAGCCGCGAAACUACUCGCGGAGAUCCACAACAACAAAACGAGUGGCUACGACAUUGAACUGACUGUUCUGGACACGUGCGGCAGCAUAACCGGCGCUCUAAAAGCGGCGAUGAAGGCUCUCGUGGGGGCAGACACGAACUGUUUGCAACCGCCUUACUACUUAGGAAUUAUCGGGCCAGACACUGCGACAAAUGCGGAAGCCGUACACAAGAUAACGUCAGUGCUGAAAGUGCCGCAUAUCGUGAGACGUGAAUCGAAUUCCCCGUACCUUCAUCAUCUGGUGAAGGAAUCCGAUUCUUAUCUAGUCCAGGGGACGUUGAAGAUCGUGGAGGAAUUGAAAUGGAAAUCAUUCUCACUGGUGGUAAACGCGGACGAGGAUGGGGAAGACGACGCUCAAAACAUUGCCAAAAAGCUAACAAUGGCAGCCAUUCAGAAGGGUCUUUGCGUGUUGAUUGACGAUGGCGAUCAAGACGAUCUAACGUCGCACAUUGUACACAUUGGAGCGCCGGAAGACGGAUUUUUCAGCAAACCGGUGAACGCCACCGUCCUCGUUGUUAGUGAAGGGCGCCUCGAGGAACAUCUGAAGCACGUCAACUCGACCAACACUAUACUACUCCUCGAAGAUUCCAGGUAAUCACGCAUACGUCCAUCUACCCGCUUAAUUAACCUUA